AUGAGGAAAUGGGCCGACAGGUUUAACCCCCUACACAUCCUCCACAUCCUCCACAUCCUCUACAUCCUUCAAGCUCCUCCACAUCCAUAUCCUCCAAGCUCCUCCACAUCCUCCAAAUCCUCCAAGCUCCUCCACAUCCUCCACAUGCUCCAUAUCCUCAAAGAUCCUCCACAUCCUCCACAUCCUCCAAGCUCCUCCACAACCUCCAUAUCCUCUAAGCUCUUCUACACCCUCCAAGCCUCUCCACAUUCUUCAAGCUCCUCCACAUCCUACACAUCCUACACAUCCUCCAAGCCCCUACACAUCCUCCACAUCCUCCAACUCCUCCACAUCCUCCACAUCUCCAUAUCCUCCAUAUCCUCAAAGCUCCUCCACAUCCUCCACAUCCUCCAAGCUCCUCCAAGUCUCUCCACAUCCUUCAAGCUCCUCCACAUCCUCCAACUCCUCUGCACCCUCCACGUCUCUCCACAUCCUACAAGCUCCUCUCCACCCUCCAAGUCUCUCCACAUCCUUCAAGCUCCUCCAAGUCUCUCCACAUCCUACACAUCCUCCAAGCCCCUACACAUCCUACACAUCCUCCACAUCCUCCACAUCCUCAAAGUCUCUCCACAUCCGCCACGUCUCUCCACAUCCUCCAAGCUCCUCCACAUCCUCCAAGCUCCUCCACAUCCUCCAAGCUCCUACACAUCCUCCAAGCCCCUACACAUCCUCCAAGCCCCUCCACAUCCUCCAAGGCUCUCCACAUCCUCUAAGCUCCUCUACACCCUCCAACUCCUCCACACCUUCCAAGUCUCUCUACAUCCUCCAAAUCCUCCAAGCGCCUCCACAUCCUCCAAGCCCCUACACAUCCUCCACAUCCUACAAGCCUCUACACAUCCUACACAUCCGCCAAGCCCCUACACAUCCUACACAUCCGCCAAGCCCCUACACAUCCUACACAUCCGCCAAGCCCCUACACAUCCUACACAUCCUCCAAGCCCCUACACAUCCUACACAUCCGCCAAGCCUCUACACAUCCGCCAAGCCCCUACACAUCCUACACAUCCUCCAAGCCCCUACACAUCCUACACAUCCGCCAAGCCCCUACACAUCCUCCACAUCCUACAAGCCUCUACACAUCCUACACAUCCGCCAAGCCCCUACACAUCCUACACAUCCGCCAAGCCCCUACACAUCCUGCACAUCCUCCAAGCCCCUACACAUCCUACACAUCCUCCAAUCCCCUACACAUCCUCCAAUCCCCUCCACAUCCUCCACAUCCUCCAAGUCUCUUGUGCAGCUGAGAACCAGCACUGCUUGUGA